AUGAGUUGGAAGGAUGGAUUAGCUUUCUGCGCCCUUAUUCAUCGUCACAGACCUGAGCUGAUUGAUUAUUCUCGAUUGUCCAGGGACAAUCCUCUAGAAAACCUUAAUUAUGCCUUCGACGUUGCAGAGAAACAUCUUGACAUUCCACGCAUGUUGGAUGCCGAAGAUAUGGUUACAACUGUGAAGCCCGAUGAGAGAUCUGUGAUGACUUAUGUUGCAGCUUACUACCAUGCUUUCGCAGGUGCUCAAAAAGCAGAGACUGCUGCAAAUAGAAUCUCAAAAGUUUUAAGUGUUAAUAGGAAAAAUGAACAGUUAAUGGAGGAUUAUGAAUGCCUUGCUUCCGACCUCCUGAAGUGGAUUAAUAGUAGAAUACCUUUUUUAAGGUGUAUUAUGACUCAAAUUUCAUAG